AUGAGGAACGGAUUGGUUUCGUAUGUCCCAUUCACGCUCAUUGGAACAAAUGUCUCCGAAUGCUGCAGUCACGUCUACUCAAGUCGGGAAAUCAGUAUGGUGAACGACUUGGCUUCAGAGUUGGGCAGAAAGAAGCGAGCGGCUUGGAGAGCUUUUAAGAACACCGACGGCGGAUUGAAGAGAACAAAGAACACCCGACUCCGUGCCCACCUUCCCGACUCAACAGUAUUUCCUACUUUGAUGUAUGCGUCAGAAGCCUGGUUGCUGCGUAAGCAGGAUGAAAGAUCACUUAGCGUUAUCGAACGCGCAGUCGAAAGGACGAUGCUAGGAGUAUCCCGUUCCACACAAGUGAGGGAAGGAGUCCGAAGCUCGGACCUGCGUCAACGAUCAAAAAUCAAAGAUCCCGUUCUGUACGUCAAACAGUUGAAGAUGAUGUGGGCCGGACACGUAAUGCGUUUGAAUGACAACCGAUGGACAACAGCCGUUAGUGACAGGAUUCCUCGGGAUGUCAAACGUGCUGCAGGAAGACCGCCUGCCCGACGGUCAGAGAUUUUCACGCAGAGCCUAGGAGAAGGAUAUGAUGCUCAUCGAUUCCCUAGAGCGAAGAGAACCCACUGGGCUACUCUUGCACGCGUCAUCGAAAAUUGGAAGAAUUACUGGCGCCCGCUCGAAUCGGUUGACGAUCAACGCGAAAUCAGGUGA